AACUUCGUCGCCUCUCUACUGGGUUCCUCUAGAAUUUUCAAGCUUUUACUAAAACCCUAAAACCCCUUCUUUCUUUUCUCAAAGCCUCAAAUUGGUUCUCCCAGAUUACCCACAAAACUCACUAAUCCCAUUCCUAGUUUCUACAGAGCAAUUCAUAGCACUAUUGAACAAACCCAACUGCUUGCAACCCAACAGGCUGAGAAAAUCAGCAAGGUUCUAUCCACAGCCAACUCCGAUUCUCACAUUGAGAGCUUGCUCGAUAACGGUUCAGUCAAGGUCUCUCCAACCCUAGUCGUCGAGUUUUUGAAGAAGCUCAACAACGCCGGCGCUCUGGCGCUCUCGUUUUUUAAGUGGGCAGAGAAGCAAGAGGGGUUUAAGCACUGCACUGAGAGCUACAAAGCCUUGAUUGAAGCUCUGGGUAAGAUCAAGCAGUUCAAGAUAAUAUGGAAUUUGGUGACUGACAUGAACAAACAAGGCAUGCUCAACAAGGACACUUUCGCUUUGAUUUCGCGGCGGUAUGCGAGGGCAAGGAGGGUUUCAGAGGCCAUUAAGGCUUUUGAGAAGAUGGAGAAGUUUGGGAUCCAGUUGUGAAGGUCGGAUUUCAACAGACUGAUUGAUACUUUGAGCAAGUCGAGGCAGGUUGAGAAAGCACAGGAGGUGUUGGAUGAAAUGAAGCAGAGGAGGUUCGAGCCCGAUGUUAAGUCGUCUACGAUUCUGCUGGAAGGAUGGGGUCAGCAGCAGAAUUCUUUGAGGUUGGAUGAGGUCUAUAGAGAAAUUAAGGCUGAAGGGUUUGAACCGGAUGUUGUUACUUAUGAUUUGAUCAAUGCGCAUUGUAAGGCGAAGAAGUAUAACGAAGCGAUUGGAUUGUUUCGAGAGAUGGAAGCCAAGAGUAGGCCUUCUCAUCAUAUUUUCUGUAUGCUGAUUAAUGGGUUAGGCUCAGAGAAGAGGUUGGCUGAAGCUCUUGAGUUUUUUGAACGAUGCAAAGGUAGUGGUUUAGAACCGGAGUCGCCUACUUAUAAUGCUGUUGUUGGAGCUUACAGCUGGUCUAUGCGGAUGUCUGAUGCGUUUAGGAUGGCGGAUGAGAUGAGAAAAUGUGGGAUUGGACCUAAUUCUCGAACCUAUGAUAUAAUCUUGCAUCAUUUGGUAAAGCAUCGAAGAACUGAACAAGCUUACUCGGUAUUCCAGCAAAUCAGUAGGGAGCCUGGCUGCGAACCAACAGUGAGUACAUACGAAAUUCUAGUGAGGAUGUUUUGCAACGAGAAUCGAUUGGAUAUGGCAUUACAGGUUUGGGAUGAGAUGAAGGCUAAAGGCGCCCUGCCAAGAAUGCACAUGUUCACCACAUUGAUCAACAGCUUGUGCCAUGAGAACAAGAUCGAUGGCGCCUGCAGGUACUUUCAAGAAAUGCUAGACAUGGGUUUUCGGCCUCCGACACAGUUGUUUAGUAACCUAAAACAAGCCCAUCUUGAUCAUGGGAGAAAGGAUGCUGUCAUAAGUUUUGGUUUAAAGAUCGGCAAACUGAGAAAAACCCCGUUAGUUAGCUCAAGCUAA